CGCCAUCGUCCUGCGCUGCCGUGGCUGGUCUCCGUCCCUUGGGUGCUAUGGCCACGGAAGUGCCCGGCCCCCCGGGCCUCUUCGUCCUCUGGCUCUUACCGCCGCUUAUUUUGCUUCUGGGGGCGCCGGAAUCGUCAACCGGAGAACUAAGAUCCCCAGCUGCGUCGGGGGUGGAAUCGCUGUUGGAGGAGUUCCGCCGCCAGCUGCAGCUUGAGAGGGAUCCCUCCAGCGGCCGCAGCUAUGAGUUGGAAGAAGUGGCUGGCCGCUGCCGAGGAGGGACUGAAGGACCAGCCGGCGGUGGCGGGAGUUUCUUCUCGGUCAGGUCCGACUCCAUCAUCCGCACCAAAGACUCCAUCGCCGCCGGUGCCACGUUCCUGGGGUCUCCGGGCUCGGUGGCUGGUCCCAGGCAUUGCCUGGAUGCCUGCUGCGCCGAUGUCCUCUGCACCCUCGCCGUCUUGCAGCAGCAGCAGCAGUCGGCCUCGGUCCGCUGCUAUCUCUUCAACUGCACCUAUCGCGGCCGCGCCGUCUGUGUCUUCUCCCCUCAGCGCGGCUACAACAGCUACUUCCUGGAACCCACCAGCCAUUCUCCUCCGGCUUUGGAAACUGAUGAGCCUCCUCUUAGCAAGGCAGGAGAAGAUAUUAUUCUACAACUACCUGUUGACUGGGUUAUUCUGGAUGGCAGAGAAAGUGUGGAUGACCAUGGAAUCACACGAUAUGAGUGGAUAUUACUUCAAGGUGCAUCGUCCGUUGAUAUGCAGGUACCUCAGCCAGGAACGCUGAAGCUCUCUCAUAUGCAAGAAGGAAAAUACACACUGCAGCUGACCGUGACUGACACUGGUCAAAGGAGUUCAGAUAACAUCUCAGUGACAGUACUUCCAAUGAUUCAUUGUUGCGUUGGGAAAUGUUCCCGAUACCAGUUCCUCUGUGAUGACGGCUGCUGCAUUGACAUCAGUUAUGCCUGUGAUGGGGAGAACAACUGUCCUGACGGGUCAGAUGAAGCUUUUGCCAUAAAUGUGAAUAAUUCAGGGCAGAGUGCAAUAACUCACAUAGACACUAUUCAACAAAAUUCAGUUGAAUUUAUGAAAAAAGCCAAUAAAGACCUUACAUUUGAAAUCACCCAGACAAGUACACUAAGCACUCAAGUAUUUGAAGCAGAGAAAAUCAAACACUCACCCUCUCAGGGACCAAAGAAACAAGUUACAGGGUUUGUACCAGAACAGUGUUUGCUCCCCCUAGCCACUGGCUCAUGCAACAAACACCUCCCUCGCUGGCAUUUUGAUGCUUUUUCAGGCACUUGCAUGCAUUUCAUCUAUGGUGGUUGCAAAGGAAAUGAAAACAACUUUCUUCAAGAAUCUGACUGUCUUGCUGAAUGUGUAAAAGUUCAUGAUUCUAGAAUCUCAGGGAAAGACACAGAUAAGAAUGACAAUGAUAUUGUGAGCUUAAAGAGCACUCAGAUUGAAAAGAGCCUUCCAGUCCCAGAAACAGGUGCUGUACUUCCACUGGCUUUGGGGUUAGCCAUCACUGCUUUGCUUCUACUCAUGGUCACUUGCCGUUUGCGGUUAGCCCGGCAGAAAUUAAAGAAAGCGCGACCUACUACAUCUGAGGAGUCAGAUUACCUCAUAAAUGGAAUGUAUCUCUAGACUAGAGCAAGAUUCAGGAUAUUUUUUUUGCUAUCAAGCUUUCUCACAAAAGUGUGCCUCUUGCAUCUCACAAUUCUCUUUUUAAAAGUGAAAACUGUGUUACCAAAAUAAGCAGCCAUCUUCCCAAAAUUUUCUUUCAAGGCCUAUGAUAGAUGAACACCAUUUGUUUUUCAAACUUGGCAACUUGAACAAGUGGGGAUUUCAACUCCUGGAGUUCCCCAGCCAGUGUGGAAUUCCAGGAGUUGAAGUUAACACCCCUUCAAAUUACUAAAUUUAGGAAACACUGAUGUAGAGAGUUGUAAUGGCACACGCUAGCUUUCACCAACACGGUGUCCUCAAGUGUUUUGAUCUGACAAUGCCUUUCUUUCCCAAGCCAACUGGAGGCUCUAGUAUGGGAUUACUCUAGUAUGGAAUUAUUAAGAAUAGGCUAUAAUGGAGAUAUGAGCUAAUCUAGUUUAUCUGUUGCAAUCCCACAGAAACAAAAUCCCAUUACUAGUGAACAAGUGCAAUGCUACUAUAGCUUAAAAUACAUUUAGUGUACAAAAGAUUUUCUUUUAAACUUAUUCUCGUUUUACACCAUUUCUGUUUUGCGAAUUGGUUUUGUAUGGUGAUAAAACCCAAUUUAAAAUACUGGAAGCUAGUGGUUAAUCCAUGCUCCUGCAAUAGCAUGACAUCCUGUUGCAGUGGUCCACAUCACAGCAGAUACCGAUACAGCAGUCACAUCUAAUCCAAAUAUGUAUUUUUUUAGAGCUUUGACUCAUUAUAGGGCAUUACUUUCCAAACUCUUUAAAUAGAGUUUGCUUUUCUUUUAAUGUGAUAUUAUGAUCUAGUCAAAGUAUUUUCCCAUGAAAAAUUGCACUUGGAAUAUAAAUAUGGAGAUUUGGAGUUCACGCUUCAGCUUCCUUUUCUACAAUGAAUGUGGAGAGACACUGUACACCUAAAAACAUCCUAUUGGUUCCCACAGGCUGGGGUCAGAGGAUGCAUGGGAGAAUACAUGAUGGAAAUGAUGUACUGUGCAUCAUGUGUAAUAUGUUGUGAGUGAUAAAAAUGACACAAUUUGCAUCCUGUGUGCGAUGAUGUCAUUACACCUGAAAAAUCAUUGAUUUCAGUUAGAUGGCUAUGAAGCAACCCACUCCUCUUAAUGAACUAGGAAAUCAGGCAUACAGUUCUCAUUAUGUCACAUGACCUUCUGACAUCCACAGUACUUGCUCUGUACAGACUCCGCUCAACUGUAAUCAGACAGUCCUAAAUCACCUAUGGGAAAUUGCAGUCUCAACUUAUGCAUUGGAAAUCUUUUGUUUGCAGAGGAGCACCAAUUUUAGUCUCUCUUUUAUCUCUGAGGAAGGCAUGACAGUUUCACCAUAUUACUUAAAUUACCUGCUCUAUUUUAAUCUUCCAAUGUUGGAGAUAAAUAUAACCUUAGGCUUAUAUUUCUUUCUCCUUACAGCUUUUCAAUAUUUUCUAUUUUCAUUUCUGCCUUUUUCAAACACUAAGAAUAUCUGUAACUCUAAUCUUCAGAGUACACAGACAUAUGAAUUAAGUACUGUAUGCAUCCACAAUUCUUUAAAGCAGCCAUAUGUAGGCUCAUGGGAAGCUGCAAAGGAAACAUACAUGUGUUAAAGAGUUGCAGAAAAUCCUUUAUUCAAUGUUUUUGUUUACUCCAAAGCACCUUAUUGGAACUGAACCUGAAGCGCUACACAUUCCUAAUUAAAAGUAGCAGUACAAGUAAGCCAUCAAUAAAUUAGCAGUACAAUUUAGCAAUUUCAAACAAGUUGUUAGUAAAAAAAAUAACACUAAUUUAUCUACUCAUUUAGUUUAUAUAAUUUCAAAUGCUGAAAUAGCCAAGUCAGAAAUCCUUUGUUUACCUGCCUUCUUGUUUUAAAACACUUCUUGCUUACCAUUCUAUGUGGGUAUUUACCUUUUCUAUUGAAGUAUAUAUGGUAAGGUGGCCAGGCUAUAUAGGCAAUAGAAUCUCAGAUUGCUAAGGGCAAAUAGCGGACAACAGGGGAAAGGUGUUCUAUUUUAAAAGGUUCCUUAAAUACUAAAUUCCUAAAGCCUAGAAUUUAGAUAAAGAGUUGAAACUGUUCCCUAUUCUGUAGUUAUUCCGUUGUAGGGGGUAUUGCUUCUAUCAACAACAAAAAAUAUGCAUGAAGUUUGUAAUACUGAUAUUAACCUCAGAAUUCUGUUAACUGUCACACAGAAGUAGCUCAGAGAAUAAAUUUAGCAACAUAUUGCAGUUUUAACUAGUAAACUUUUCAUAAAACUUUAAGUCCUGGUUAUUGAACCCUUGUGGCAAAAUUGUUAAGUUUCAUCAGUUAUUCAUCCAAUUGUCUAAAGGACUAAAAAUAUGCCUUGGCUUAUGCUAUAUUGCAAAUUAUUUAUUCUGUGUAUCAGUUAUUGUAAGCUAUCUUUUCUCUUCACCAAACAUAUAAAUAUGUUAUCAUCUGAGGGACCAGGUACAAAUCAGUUCAGAAAAGACAUUCAAGAAUUUGGUAUGUCUUAUUUUAAUGACAUUACAAAUGUUGAGCUAAGAAACAUAAAAAAAUAAAUCAGUUUUAGUCAUAAUACCUUUCAUAUCUAGGUUCAAUUUCUUGAGAACAUUAAUUUUGAGCAUUUAAUAAAAAUACUGAUUUUGCUUUUUUUUAAGUCAGCUGAUUCAUCUGGAUUUGGAGAUAAAGACAUUAAAUGUGACAGCUACUUCCUAAAUAGGGUUGUAAAGCAUUUCAGAUUCAAAGGAAAAAAACAUUUAAGUGUGCACAGGCCUGAAUGUAGCACUUGUUGACAACACAUUAAACUAAAUGUGUCUUUUCCCAGGAUUGCAGUUAUGAAUGACAAUUGCAGUUCCAGGAAAAGUCACAGUUGCUUUAAAAUUGUCAAGAGGUAUUACAUACAUGUCUUUAUGUGCUUUGAAGCUUUUUUCCUCCUCAGAUCCAAAGUGCUCUCUAGUUCUAAAAGCAGUCUCUUUUCUCAAGUAAUAAAAAGAUGUGCUUCCUAAUUCACCUCCAGUGGACUGGAGCAUGGAUACAGGUAUAUGAAUAAAAUGGAGUGACAGAAUCAUCAAAAAAUACUCUGAUAUGCUCAUAGGUUUUUCAUUAAAACCUAACAUGGAAAAGCUAGAAUUGUAAGAUAAAAUCUUCUAUUUUUAUUGAUCCAUAUCAACACAAAUGUUGUUUGCUGCUUAAUAUAUCACAGCUUCUGUUUUUUUUUCCAAAGACAUCCUUUAUUUCAGUACUAAGACUCACUAUCCUUCCCUAUGUCAGCCCUCCCUACAUUCAAUACAAUACUUUGCCAAAUUAUGCUGCAUUGUGCACCAAUCGUUUUGCAGAAUAGUAGGAAAACAAGGAGUCAUUACACACUGUGAAGCCCUGAUGAAAACUAGAAUUCUUUUAAGUCAAUUUAAGUAGAUCUAAAACAAAAAAAAAUCAUAUAUAAUGAAGACUGGCUUGCCUAAAAGUAUUUUUUCUAUUUUCACAUAUAACACAAAAGAUCUUAGUAGGACUAUAUUGUUUAUAAUGGAGUCUCCAUUCUCUUCUGUUUUCUAAUGCUUUAUAUGUGCCACUAAUUGAAAGCUGAGGAUUUAAACACCAAAACAUGAAGAGCAGUUCUUGCAAACACAAUAAUGCCAGUAUAUUCAUCUCCAGAUUUCAACAUUCUGCACAAUGAUUCAUAUUAUCUGCAAAACAAUUAGUUCUUUAUUUCUCUCAAAUGUUGUUGGUUUUUUGCUUCUUUUAUUUCUGACUGGCCACAGCAGAUUUCUUCCAAGAAUUGUGUAACAACAUGAACUGUUUUAAAUUUAAAAUCUGUUUAUAAUGCUUAUACCUAGCUAUUUCCCCAAACUUGCAUUAGCUCAUGUUUUAUAAAGGCCUUAUGAAGUCAUGAUUUCAAUAAUUCAAGUAACAUUUUAAAGAUGACUCCUCUAUAAUUAUCAAAUAUUUAUUUAUUUAGAAUUAAUUCAAUAUAUGCAGUAGUAGUUCUAGAAAAUUAAAUAAUGGAUGCUACACCCAAAGUAUUUCAGAUUACUUUUUACUACCCUAUAUAUUUGUCUAUAAUAGUUAUAUGGCUUCAUAAAUUACAGUCAUUGACAACAAAUCAACUGUUAAACAACUAUGAUAAAUUAAAUGUAUGAAACUAUUUAUAGGUCUUUGGGUUAUUUAAAUAAAAUAUAUUUUUGUCACUCUAAUUGGUGAUAAUGAAAAUGAGGGAGAAAAGUUCUUUUUAUUCAGUUAAGUAAAGAGCAGAAUUUGCAUCUCUUUCAGAAGACUUGAGGUUAAGUUUUUUUUUUAAAGCUUCCUUUUUCUCAAAGUUAUUCUAAUCAAAUCCCAAAUAAAUUAUUUUGUCCAAAGCAAUACACUAAAAUGGCUUCCCAAUUAGAUCAGCAGUGAUACAGUAUUAACACUUUGGUGUAUUCACAUAUUUUUCAAAUGGCUUCUUAUUGCUAUGAACUUGAAUUGCAUUUUAAAAUCAGAAUCAUUGGGCUUGCCUUGAAUGAUAAGUGUAUAUACUCAUUUUCACUGAACGUAAUAGACAAAAGUCUUCAGAAAUUGUUAUAGAAAUGUGUAGGCUUAUUCAUCAAUGUAAUUGAUACUGCUAUCAUAUGGAAUAACAGUUGAUUAUAAAGCACACACUUCUAUCACAGUAUCUGUUAAAAGUUGAUGGGUUGGAUUAUUUAUUCUUUGUAAUAUUUGUAGAUGUUUUCUGAGACAUUGCAGAAACUCUGAAGCUGGUUGAUCAGUACAGUUUUUCCAGUGCAAGAUGAGUACCCUGGAGGAAAACUUCUAUAUUGGGAAAAGUGAACUAUUGGUAGAAACAUUUUAGCAACCUCUCAAUUACCCAAGAUAUCUCUAUUCAAAACAUUAUUUGCCACACCUUUUUGCUUUUGAUUUUAUUUGGCAAAGCAGCACUGCGAACUGUUCAAUGAUUAGGACAUAACUUACACAGUAAUUGUUAUAUUACACUCAGAUACUUCAAGUCUGUAAAUCAGCUAGAAAUAAUACUCAGCUAUGAAUUUCUUUGCUAUGCUACAGGGAAAGGAGGGGAACUAUGUUAGUUAUGUCCAUCCUGAACAGCAACAUAAAAUAAAUUUUAUCCUUGUCGAUGCUUCCAAGUGUAUAAACAUGUCUGAUUUCCUGUAUGAGAAGAAAAGCUGCUGAUUGUAUCUGCUACAUGCUAGUCUAUAAAUACGUUGAUAGCUUUGAAGAAAGUCAUCUCAUUUUAGUAGGAUCUAAGAGUCAGCGGAACACAAAUCUUAAGUGUGCAGAUAGCAUAAGAAAGUGCAGGUAAGCAGUUUGAUGAACAAACACUGGAGCUGAAAUGAUUCGAAAGUUUCCAAAUUGAAAAAUAAAA